UAUGCUUUACUUCUCUGGUCUGUAGAAGUAGCCUCUCCAACAAAAGUUUAGUUUAGGGAGUAACACUUUAUUUUAUCGUUUCUACUGUAAUGCAUCGACUCGUUUAGUUUAGAGAGACGUACAUUUGAGGGCUCCGUGUUGUUCCCCUCUGUUCCUUACUCAGUGUAAAUAGGAGAUAAACUUCCAGCUCAAAUCUGGGAUACUGGGAGCCGAUGGAGCGCAGUUUGUAUGGAUACAGAUGAGGCACGAUGCUAGGCUAACUAACUAGCUACUAAGGAAAUGGUGAGGGUCGACAUUACCCAGUGAAGAAUAGCAACAGUAAGUGGAUCCACUGACAUGGAGGGCAACGGAGAGAUCAGUGACACUGACAGCGGCAUCAUCCUUCACUCAGGCUCUGACAGCCCAAUGACACACAUGAAGGAUGUGACCACACAUACACGGGCCAUGAAGCUCAAACACCAGUCUCUCCAAGAACGACUGGAGAUCUGCCUACUGGAGCUGAAGAAAGUCUGCAUCCGAGAAGCUGAGUUGACAGGCCGGCUGUCAGAUGAUUACCCUCUGCUGCCAGGAGAGAAGCCUCCGCAGAUCCGCAGACGUAUUGGAGCUGCGUUCAAAUUUGAUGAACAAAGCUUCCCUCGAGGAGCAGAGGACUCAGAACUGAGUUUUGUUGAUGCUGAGUUGGCGCUUCAGAUGAAGAUAUACGAGGCAGCGCGCAAGCUCUGCGAGGAGGUUCACCCGAGUAAGGCUGUUAAGAAGAGCCGCUUACAGCAGUGCAAGAGAGAAGAGAAAAAACUCAAACGCUUGCAAGAGACGGCCUUUCAGCUUCGUCUGGAGCACGGCCGUUCAUCACCACUCCCUGCUUUUAAUAUUGCACAACACGAUCUGGGUACAUCUGAUGACAGCUCUCUGUCUGAUUCUGUGGUGCAAGAUGAAGAAGUGACAAGUCAGUCAUCACAGCUGUCUUCAGGACUCCCUGAUCCAGGAGAGACAAACCCGCCCCGGCUUCCCUCUGUGUCCUCACAAUCCUUCUCAAAAGGCUCCUACAUGUCUCCAUCUGCGGCUCCACAAAACCUGCCGCAGACUCCAAGCCAGUCUCCCCAUCCCAGCCUCACGUCUACGCCCAGUUUCAGCUCAAGCCCUGCAAGUGACCUUCCUCCCAUCCAACACUCCCCGUGGACAGAGUCUAGUCUGGACCAACCUUACCAGAAGAACAGGAAGUCGCGCUCCUCCAACAAGUCGAGUCCAUUCAAAACGGAGUUGUUACCCCCGCUGGAGGCUGUUUUUGCUUCCCACCUGAAGCUGGGCCACAGCCAGUCCAACAGCCUGCCCUCCACACCAGAGAUGAGAGUCCACAGACAGCUCUCCCUCAGAAUACCCAACCCUGAGUCUCCAUUUGAAAGGGAGCGAGGUCGCACCAGAAGUGCAAGGAGGCGACUGACAGAAUUUGCAAUAACUUUACCGGAUGCUCGUCUUCCUGCUGUGAACUACGCAAACUAUGUCAACUCUGAGGAUAGCAACUCUGAACACUCGUUUUCAUCUUACAACAGCUCACCGUGUCAGGAGCUGCCCUGUGAUUCACCCAAACAGUAUCAGUCUGCAUUCGUGCACUCUGGCCCCGGGGGCAGCUGUGGCCCUCAAGGCUUCCAGAGCACUGGCUUUUACCAUAACCCCCGGCAACAGUCCAGCCCCGGGUUUCCUAAAGCCUAUUACACUGAAGAAACAGCCUACCGACCUGAACUGGACUUGGCACGGGGCUAUUACACCCAGCAGGCUCCCUGUCCUCCCAACAGAUAUGAGUAUUACUAUAAAGACCCUGCUGUGCUCCACCAGAGAGCACAGAGGCCUCUACCUCCUGAUAUCAGACUCUCCCCCUCCCCGGCUCAGUGGGAGCAUCCGCAGUACCGCUCCAAUGGCCUUCCAAAACAAGUAGUGAACGAGCAGCUGACCUCGUGGCACCGCCGCAGUCAGCUGAAGUCCCCCAGGUCCUGCUCUCUGGACAGACAGGGGGCCGUCAGAGUUAAAAACAUUUCUGCUCGGGAGACCGCCUUUCACCAAAACCAGAAGUACCAUGAGCAGGUUAUCCAGAGAAGGGCUCUUCAGAGAGAGGAGACUCGCUGGGUGGUAGAUGACGGUUCUCACUUUAUGAGUCAAGUUUAAACCAAGGACACCUUGGACCGCAAACUGAGAGGCCACUGCAUUUAUUACCAAAUAACCAAAGUGGAGUCUUAAGAAAAUCAAGUCAAAUUUACUUUUUAAGCCCCCCAAAAAAUGGUUUUUUUUUCAUGAUUCUUGUUUAUCUUUCUGCCUGCAUUAAGGCAUAAUAACGAAUGCAUCUUACACUACAAUCUGAUUCAAAAAUGAUAUGGCUACUAAAGUGACUGUAAAUAUAACCCCGGUUGCUUGUUUUUGUCCACUCUAUAUGAAUUCAAUGCUUGUUAAAUGUUACUGAGAGCUGUUUGAACCUGCCAAAGUUCAAAACUCAUAUUUAAGUUUAUCAAACAAAACCACAGAGUUCUGCUUCUUU